AUGACGGGCAACCGCCGCAAGUAUUUGACCAAUCUGAGCUACAAGAUUCUACUACCGGAAUACUCGGAGGAGGCAUGCGGUCGGGUGGAAACAGAUGACGAGAAGCGGCUCAAUGACGAGUCCUUCACUCGGGGCAUCUGCAACCUCUUCUCCAUCUUGAAAGUGUGGGAGAAUGAGGGUGUUCAGACCGCGCUGCGACUGGAGCUUCCGUAUAGAAACGCUUUUUCGCCCACGGACCUACGCUUGGAUAAUAAGCCGCAGCUCAAACUUGAGAUCGCAAUGCGCAAGCGCGGCAAGGACAUCUUCGAGCGUCGAUUUGAAAGGUCCUUCCUUCGGCUUCUUCAACCUGGCCUAUUACCGAACUUGCCGAACUUGCAAUAUCUAAACAUCAGACGCAACAGUUCGCGGAAGCUGGCGCCAAGCAUCGGGCCAGAUCUUGCAGCAUCGCUCCCCAAUCUGAGGGACAUAUCUUGGGAGUUUGGAGAAUACGACAGUCAGCCCGCCAGCGUGCGAAGCGACACUCGGGUCUCGUUCGUAGAGGCUCUCAAGCUAACUCGACUACGACAACGCCCCACUGCGGAGAUCGUCUUUUAUCACGAGAUUCCUUUCGAUCAGCGGUUCACGGGCCCAUCUCUCAUACCAUCGGGUUUCUCCUAUGACCCGUUCAGUGCAGGCCUGCGUACGUUUUCGCAAAGUCUCACGGCCCUCACGUUGAGCGCUCACCUCGAAUCAACGCUCUUUUGGCCAUCUGACAACGAGACAAAGGCUGUAGCUCCUAUUUGGCCGUUCUUGCAGACACUGGACCUAACGUUCAACAUGGUGACGCCUUCUGGUGAGUGGUAUUUUACGGGACCGCGGCCAGAAGAUCACGAGGACGACGAUCCGGCUGAGGGCAUCAUCGGCGACGACUCUAGCGAUUCCAACUACACAAACUACCGUGAGCAUGGCGACCCGGCAACAAUCAAUCAGCUUCUCGCCGCCCUCGCUAAGGCGGUACAGAAGAUGCCGGUUCUUGAACACUUCAAGCUCACCUCUGAGCUUGGUAGUGGGAAAGGUAGAUUUCAUAUAUCUUAUCACGCGCCUGGUCGAUCGGCGGAUUGGGGAGACAAGAGUGACGAUGAUCUCCGAGUCAGGCGGGUGUACUAUGAGGUCGGGGCUGUGUGGAGACCGGAUAACGCGAUCAUGCACGGUCUUAGAGGCGCCGGGUUAGAGAAGUUUUGUAAAGAAGUAACUGAGAGGUUUCUGGACAGCCAGUACUGA